UCUGUUUCUCCAUAUCGAGGCAUCCAGAUUUCAUCCCUCCAUCUGAGUUCCCAUCCUUUAUGGGCUGAAGGCUUUAAAGGUAUGCGAUGCUUGACCUCCAACUGUGCAGAGGUGUAAGGCUUGGACUCAGCUCUGGCACUGUGCAUUGUUGCUGUUAUCUCACCACCCUCCUCUAGCCUUCCCAGCCUAUCUUUGGAUGCUUGCCCGGCUUGUGUCUGAGGCUGUGACACAUGUUCCCUUCUCCUCACAGUGGAGAGAUUAUAACCAGCCAGGGCAGCCUCAGCUUUUUUAGGAGCAACCAGCAGACUGAGCAAAGAGAAAAAUCCGAGAGAGAAAACCUAUUUUACAAUUGUUUACACAUCCUGGAAAUACAGCUUGGGUCUCAGCAAAAGUUCCAAGUCUGAACCAGGAACAAUGACACCUGGACAGAUGAAUGCCAUAGUACACGAGAAGCAAACAGCAACAGGAGAAUGGUCUGCCGCUAUGUUUCCACAUGAGCCUUCCACUCCAGCACUGGCCCAGAAGUGCCUCCCAGAUCAAGGUGCUGCUGAUGAGCAAGAUGUCAAUUCUGCUGAGAAUCUGGAUGACACUGAAGACAAUGAAGAAUUCCUAGAGAAACUCAUAUCCAUUACCUCCAAGAGUUUACCAAAAUUGGAGGUAGAGGAGAGAUACAACAUAACCAGAGAGCUAGGCAGUGGCUCCUAUGGACAUGUUCUACAGGUUCAGCAUCGUGAGAGAGGAACCUCAAUGGCUUUGAAACUGAUGUCCAAGGAACACACAGGGAGGCGCGAAUUCCUGUGGGAAUAUUGUAUUGCUCUCUGCCUCUCCUCACACCCUACACUUCUUCGAACCACUGGCAGUGCUUUUGAAUCAUCUACUCAUUAUGGAUUUGCACAGGAGUUGGCACCAGCUGGAGAUCUUUGCAGCAUCCUGAACUCAGGGGAGGGGCUUCCUGAGGUGCAAGUGAAACGGUGUGCAGCCCAAUUGGCUGAUGCCUUGGAUUUCAUGCAUGGCAAGGCCCUGGUGCACCGGGACAUAAAACUAGACAAUGUGUUGCUUUUUGACCAAGAAUGCCAGCAGGUGAAAUUAAGUGACUUUGGCCUGACACGACUGGAAGGCACCUGCAUAUCUGCUAUGUCUGCUGUCUUGCCAUAUUCCCCACCAGAACUGUGCCUGCUAGAGAGGACAGAGUCUCUAGCUCUGGACUCAAGCCUUGAUAUUUGGGCCUUUGGAGUGCUGCUCUUCUGUAUUUGUACUGGUUGCGUCCCUUGGGAUAUGGCAAUGAGCCCUGAUCCUAAGUUCGAAGAAUUUUGCAUCUGGCAAAAUCGCACAAUCCCAGGUGAGGCUCCAGGCCUGUGGAAAGUUUUCACAGCUCCUGCUUUGCGUAUGUUCCGUCGCAUCAUGGCUCUUGAUCCUAACCGUCGUAGCCCUGCUAUUGAAGUGAACAAAUACUUGCAUUUGCCUUGGCGAGUGGGUAUUUCUGAAAAGACCCAGGAUGAUUUGUUGAAGACAAUUAGUUCUGAGGCCUGCCUUAAGGGACCUAGUGAGGACAAUACUGAACUGGGCAGAAACCCCAAGGAGAAUUGCCUCCAGCAAAUGCAACCUGAAGUCAUUCCCCCAGAGAAAACUCAUACCAUACAGAUGUGUCCCAAUCAUGGAAGCAAUCCCAGUCCACAUGAAGGUUCAAGGCUAAAUGGACCUGGACUUGAGCCCUGAAGAAAGUGUCACCUCUGAAAAUGAUGGUUCCUUUCAUCAGGACAAGAAAGACUCCAGCUAUCCUACCUUCUUCCUAUUAAGGAAGAGUAGAACUAGUCACUCCAUAGGAAGAUUUUCAGAAUAGAAUUGCUCAGCUGUAUAUUAUUAAUGUAGCAUCAUGAUAUCUAGAAACAGUUCUAGAGAAUGUUUUUUUUGGAAAUAGCCAUAAUUUUUUUCCUUAUUUUUUAAUGGUGCAUUCAGAUAAUGCAACAAAAAUAAAUCAUUACAAUUCAAUAUUUCUAAUUUUAUCCUCCCAUGGAUUUUUUAUAUCAGAUUUGAAGGAAGAUCUAGUGGUCUAUUUAGUUCUGACUUCUCAGGAUGCUAUUAUUUUAAUAUCUUCCACUUUGCAGGUCCUAUGCAUUUUUCUUGAAUUAUGGAUUUUAAUUAUUGCAUAUAAAAUUGUACAAGAUUGCAUUAAUUAUGCAAUUCUAUGCAAUUUACUUGUAUUAAUUCAUAGAUGGGAAUUAAUGAUCAAUGGCCUGUAAAAAAUUUUAAUAGCUUCCUGAACUUUCUGAAAUUGGAAACUUUUGAUUAAGAGUUUCCUUGAAUUAUAUUUACUUUUUUCUUUUCUUUUUUUAAGAAGAAUUAGGCUCUUUAAAAAAAAAUCUGAUAAUUCAAAGGAACAUAUCCACAAUUCAAGUUUCUGUCACAGAAACAGAAACUAUAAAUGCAGCAGUUCAAGGAAGGUAAUAGUAUAAUAAUAGUUUUUCAUCACAAAUGAAAUGUUAGUGAAACUAACAGCCUACAGUAAGAGUAAACCUGUAAGAACAAACUUUUAAUUGAGGUUUUAAAUAAAUUUUGCUCAAUUAGAUUUAUUAGUAAAUAUAAGUGGAUCUUUCCCAGAGGGAAAAUAUAAUUUUAGAUAAUAUAGUGACACUUUAUUUGCAUGGAAUUUUUUACAUUACCUCUGCAUGAAACUCAAUAUCACAGUAAAGUAAUACUUUUGCAGUGCCAAUGUGUUCUAAUAUGAAAGCAACCAAAGUCUCAUGUUUUACAUCUGCAGCAACAGUCUAAUCAUUGAACCAAAAAAGAGUAGAUAAUCUUUGGAAGUGUGAUAUUCUGAAGUAAUGAGUUACAUAAGAUAUAGUAUGUAUGUUUAUUUGAUUGCAUCAUUGAAUUUCUAUAAUAAAUUAUUUAUGACAAAAGCUGGCUCCAUGGAAGAGCUAAAUGUCAUAAAGUUCUGAAUUAACUGAGAAAUUCUUACAAAGGGAACAUAAUCCCUAUCCUAGAUGGCAGACUUUUUGAGUGAGAUGGUGACAGUUGUGGAAACAGUUAUUCAAUUACCUUACUAGAAUCUCUUUCCUUUUGAUGUAAUUAAAAAAAAAAAAAGAUUGGACCUGCAGACAACUAAUGAAAAAAGAAAUAGUUUUCCCCCUACUCUGUUGUAUAAAUCCAAAAGAUUAUACAUUAAACUUAAGUUUUGCUUAAGGCAGAAAUAUACUACCAGUAAAUUUCUCUGUGUCACACAGAAAUAUAACACAAUAUCAUAGCGACGCCUCCUUUCAUAUGCAGGGUUUCAUACAGUUAUAGCUGCUUAGAGAUCUUUUUGAAAUAAAUGAGAUCUCAGUUAGCAAAAAGAUUAAUUUUGCCUCCCCUUAUAUUAGAACUCUAUUUGUAUCUGUUUGAAUUUCCUUAGUCAGUCUGAUGUAGAAUUUUUUGUAUAGACUUUCCUGACUGGCACUUUGGUUCCUAUCCCAUUCUCAGUUAUUUUUCAUAUUUAUUAUUUUGCAAUUCCUAACAAAAAAUUAUUUGAAUGAUUUUAGCUUGCUGUACUAUUGGUGAAAUACAGUCAGAAAUUUGCAAUAAAACAUAUAAGAUGCAAUCCAACAAUCAAAAAUUAAAAGUAAUAUUAAAAAGUACAUUCUCAAAAUA